AUGAGGCCGACGAUCGCGAGCUCCGCGCGGGGCCAGCGGCACCAGCGCCAUCGGAUCGUCGGCGCCGCGCCUGGCACUCCAAAACCUAGCGAGACGCCCGCCAAGAACAAAAAAAUUUCAAACGAAUGGAGCCCUAGAAGGGACCAAAGUGAAAGCAGAGCCGCAUUGCUUACCUUGCGAGAGAGAAAGAAGCGCGAAGUGGCGGCGGCGGCGGCGGUGAGCUCGAGAGUGGACAGCGAUGGUGGCGAUUUGGGAAAUGUGACAAUCUCGCAAGAGAGCUGCGAGAAAAGCUUCCGACAGUACGAUCCAGGCACAGAGACAAGUACUGCUGCUGCUCCAGGCUCUGACCUCCGCUCGUCAACAAAACCAAGUGUGGAUGCGUUUGAGAAUUGGAGCCCAGUCUCGGUGCUCGAGCGCCCAGUCUCGUACGAAGAUGAGGACGAAGAUCUCCACCACUGCGACGUGGCCGCCGCAGUCAAGCCAUCUCCAGAUCAACAAGUCAGAAAUGUGGAGCCUGACAAAUUCCGCGACGCGUCGAAGAUUUCGCAGCCGGACAAGCCGGCGAUGAUUCGGAAACAACCGUUGCCAGAGCUGCCGAGCCUCGGGGUCUUCAAGGCUCCAUUUUUUAGUGCUUUUGACGACGAGCAUGACUCGUCGAUGCACGUCUGCGUAGAUCACUGGAGCCACCACCACCAUCGCCACCAUCGCCAGCAGUGCUGCGCAAAGUGCCUGGCGCAAGUUUGCAUCCAAGUUGACACUGCGAUAUUCGACGACCUCGUCUACGAUUCAAUCAUCCAGCUCAAUGCGCAGCACAUCACAAAGUGGAUGAGGAUGAGCAUGCUUUCCUAAAACACUAACAAGCCGGAGAGAUUCUCAACAUCACCACCAUUAUUUUACUCUUUCCUUGAUCCUCAACAAUAUCGUCUCCCUCCUUUUUCCAUCCAUUGGUCGAUCCAUCCAUCCAUCAAAAUCUCUUUUUUCUUCUCCAAUUCGCUCUCACCGCCGCACGCACGCACGCACGCACGCACGAACAAACGAAAAAACAAAUUCCUCUCGCCGAGAAUUCGAAUC